GGAGGCCCCGGGAGGCCGCCUGCCAUCUUGCACGGGCCACGUGAGCACAGGCUGCAGGCUGCGACAGUCAGCGCUGGGCCCGGCCUGGGCUUGCAGACCCGAGCCCCGCAGGCCGGCCCCAGCGGCGGUGGCGCCGGCAAGCCGAAGAAAGGGGACCUUUAUGCCUUUUGGGGGAAGCACACAUUCUGCAAGGCCGUGGAAACAAAGAGAGGAACUGUUUGUAGCCCUAGUCCAGACGUCCCAAACAAACAGAGGCCCUGAACAAGCCCUGGGAGGAGGAGCCACUUCAGAGGAGCUCCCUCUGGCUGGAAAUUUUACACCUGCAGCAAGUAAGUACAGACUUCCUGGAGCCUCAGGCCACAUCACCCCAAGAUGAUGCUGAGGCUGAUAGUAAGUAAGCCUUUUAUUUUUUUAAAGCCACCGACAGCAAAAACACGGAAACUCAGAACGCAAAAGGUCCGCAUGAGCAAUCCCAAAGUGUAACAGCAGCUGCAGAAGGUGACUGCGGGGAAGCGGAUUGCCCCCCUUUACUUUAGGUUCUGUUUUUAGCCUGUGUUUUUCAGAGCAAGUAGGUGCCAUGGUGAUAGGUGCCAUAGAAAUAGACGGAGCACACCGCUGAGUGUGGGGCUGCCCAGCCGUUCCCAUGGAAAUGCACCGCGAUUCCGCUGCAUCUGGCUGCUGGGCACAACGGGACCCUCCAAGGGCCCUGUCCCACCUGCUGACUGCUUGGUCAGGAGAGACUCCUAGGCCCCUUGAAGCUCCUAACUUUUUCACUGUGUUUGUCCGAGGCCUCUGAUGGUCUCCCUCUGAGGGCGCCCGCGGGGGCAUCCUCCUGGGCAACUCCCUUACGGAGCUCUUCCCUUUGCCCCAGCGCACCGAUCACCUAGGCAAACAGCGGCCUCUGAACUAGCGCCCGCCACGGUUCCCCUCCCCAGCGUUGGGAGUGCGCUGUCCCCUACACUGUCCCCAUCCUGCCUAGAUGUACAGCUGUCACUGGUUUUAUGCAACAGGUAAUAAAGAGCUUGCGGUGCAGGCCCUGAGUCGCAAACAUCUGGUGGUCAGGAAUACUCAUAAAAUGAAAUCUCAGAGAAUCUUAACCAGGAAACAGAGCAGGGAAGGGCAUAAUCAUGUCUGAGAGUGUGUUUUUCAGUUUGUGAGACCUCAGGCAGUGCAGACCCUGGCUCGGCCUCAGCUGUUUCUGGAUGCAGCUUUAACGGGACUGAAAGACCCUUUGGAACAACUGCCUGAGCCAUCCCGUCUCUGUACAGCUGUUGAUGGAUGGAUAUAAAUGAAAGGGGGCCAAACUUAGCUCAUUUUUAUUUGGAUUUAGACCAAUUGCCUGUCUUCUGAAAUGUAACCCAUAUAUACAUAUGGCCUUGAAACCUAAAUUAUAUUAGGCCCAGCAUAAGAGGAUUAGGUUUAAAGGACAUGUGUCAUUAUAUCUGUCUCACAAUAUGUACUUCUGGAAUGGGGCUCUAUUACUGAAUAUAUUUGUUUCUGUACAAUUAUGAUCUCAGGUGGCAAACUUCCUGCAGGGUAGGGUAAGUAUAGUUCCGGACUAAUGUGUGGUUCUGAGACCAAUCAUUCCAAGAACUGACCAACUAAGAGUUAAUUUUACUCUCAAAGAAACACACAUACAUAUCCCUAACACAGGAAUUAAGGGGGAAAAAAAAACCACUUUAGUAACCCAUACCACCAUCAACUCAUAAAUUAUUGCCUGAGUAGUUACAGAUUGUGAAAACCAUAGGACUGGAAAGCACUAAAGAAAUGUCUAUCCUGGCACGUCUGACAUUUGACACGAAGGAACCAGGCCCGAGGAAUCAAGGUGCUUUGCUGUUUGAUUCACUGUAUCUUCUAUGUUGUGCCAGAUUAUCACCACUUCGGUGAGACCUUCCCCAGCCAAGGAAGGGCAUGGAGCCUCCAGCUCCUCCAACCAGAGAACAGUGUUCAUUGUGACCUUGAGGUAGGCUCGUAGGUCGUGCUAUUGGUUGAGCAGUCCAGUGGACGGGGAGCUAGACAUCAAAGCAACUGUUUGGUUUAUCCCUAGGACUCACCCAAGGAACUACAAGGCAGCAUUUACUGUUAGUAACAUCAUAGACUUAACCUCCGUCUGGAUUUGUGUGUCAUGUUUCAUGGCCACAGGAAUUUGCUCUGACAGAGCAUCGCAGAACCUCUGUAUUAAAUAAGCAGACAUGCGUGCUCUGGUUUUACAAGCAAGGCAAACUAUGAAGCAGAAGGGUUUGCCUUGUUUGCCCGUAGCAAUGUCGUACCUUGGAGUCUUGCCACUUGGUUGGGUUGCUUUAUUUAGCUAAAUAACUAAAAGCAGAUUUACUUUGAAGAGUGAGGCUCCCAAAUAUCCUAUCACUCUCUAAGAAUGGACAUUCACGACCACAUUUGGCGGGAAGAGUUUUUCCUAAAUUGUCACAGAGUCAUAAAGUUAAUGUUUGGCUACGUGAAGCAUUUACACAAAAUCUUUCCUUUUUUCAGGGUGAGCUCCUUUUCACGGAGCUGGAACAGGAACCCUGAGUUGGAGAAUAUUUGGUCAGGUCCUAAACGCAAUCCUGCUUAUGGGGCGGGUGCUCCUGAUGCUUGUUAACCAACAGGACCACGAUGACACCAUCAUGGUGGUAAGGGAGAAGGGGCAUGAAUUCCAAACUCCAGUGGGUGCUUGUUGACCUCCAUAGGUCCUCCUUGACCUCCAUAACCACGAACUCCCCCCCUGCAACACUUGCUUCCCUUCGCUUCUGAGCCAUGGUUUCUCCUCUCCCUCCCUGGCUCCCUCAUCAUGGUUGCCUUUGUGCAUGUUACUUGCUCUGCCUGUGUCCUCCAACAGUGGACAUUUAUUGGGCAUUCUCCAUGCGCCAGGCACUGUUGUAGGUACUGGAGAUACAGCAAGGAAUAAAGAAGAUCAGAACUCCUUCCGUGGAAGAACUGAAGGGAAACAGAAAGCCUUGUCUCUUAUGUGUGUGUGGUUUCUUGUGUCUGUUCCACAGGACCAGCCUCUGCUGUUGCCCUGAAGCGUGUUGAACACUGACUGGUCCAGCCAGGCAAACAAAGGGUUAAGCCUCCUAUUUUGCCUGCCCUGCGGUCCAGUCCCCCACCUGCAGCCAGGGUCUUCUUCAUAAAAGGUAGGUCUUACCAAGUCACUCUACUGCCUAACACCUUCUUGAUUUCCCAUCGUUCUUGGAUCACCCACGAGCUGGCCACUGCCCCAUCCCAGCCCCUACUCCCCUAUCUCCUCCCUUACAUCAAACAUUCCAGCGGCACAGGAAGCUGGUUUCCUUCCCAUGCCUCCCUGCUUUUGCUCAUGCUGUCCCCUGACCUACAGUGCCCCCUCCCCACCUGUCUGCUAGUCUGACCCCUACUCUUCCUGUUAGACUGAGCUUCUUUUCCUCCUCCACUUGUAGUCCACGUGGCCCAGGAGUGCUCAGCACAUGGUGUUAUAGCUACUGAAGAUAGAUACAGUGGUAAUUAUGUGCUUAAUGUCUGUCUCUGGGGAUGGCAAACCCCCUGUGAGCGUGGGCUGUGGCUGUCUUAUUCCCUACAGUAUGUGCAGCACGCUGGGUGAGGAGCGGUAAACAGGCAACACUUUUGUGGUGCUAACUGUGCACCCAGCCAGGAAUUGUUCUAAGAAUCUCACGUGUGUUAGCUCAUUUAAUCCUUACCACAACUCAGUGGGAUACAUAUUGUUAUGAGUCCCUGUUUACAGAUGAGAAAAUAGGCACAGGGAGGUGAAUAUGAUCCCCUCCUGAGUGUAGAGGCAGGCUUGGAAUCCAGACAGCCUACCCCCUAAUCUGUGCUCUGUACUGCAAUGCCUGUUGAAUGGCAGGUGGAUGAUGGAUCGUGUCUGGAUACUAAGUGCCUAGCAGGCACCCAGUAAUCGACAGCUGUCAUUAUUAUCACCAUGGUGUCCACACUCCCAGGCGUGCAUGCCUUUUAUUUUUCUAUUUUUUUAAGUUUAUUUAUUUAUUUUGAGAGAGGGAGGGAUGGAGGGGCAGAGAGAGAGAAGGAGAGAGAAUCCCAAGCAGGCUCCACUCUGUCAGCACAGAGCCCGAUGCAGGGCUCAAACUCAUGAACCAUGAGAUCACGACUGCAGCCAAAACCAAGAGUCAGACGCUUAACCGACUGACCCACCCAGGUGCCCCAGGCAUACAUGCCCUUUAAUAGUGAUAAGUUCUGCUUUACUCACCUCUGUGUGCUCAGCACAUUCCACCCACAUGGUAAGGACUAAAUAAAUAUUUACCAAAUGAAUGAAAAAACUCAUGACAUAAGGAAUGACCUAGGGUGCCUGGCUGGCUCAGUUGAUCCCGGAUCUCAAGGUUGAACAUGCGAUCCCGGAUCUCAAGGUUGUGAAUUCAAGCCCCACAGUGGGUGUAGAGGUUACUUCAAAAGGAUAUGAUCCUACCUUCCUUAUAUAUGUUUAAAUUAAAUUCCAGUUUUUAAAUUAUGUGAUACUUACAUGUUGUCCUAUUGAAAGUUGUAGGAAGGAUAAAGAGCAGAAAAUCCCUCUUCCGUCAGGGCCACCCCCUAGCACAACUCCAGAGGGCACCACUCACCUAAAAUACAGUGUGGCAGCCACUGCUCCUGCUCAGGACCCCAUCCACCUAAUUUCCCUCUCUGCGGCCACAACUGAUAUCAAGCUCUUUUCCAUCUUUACAGAGAUAGUUUACAUGCAUUUGAAUGGAUCAUGGGUGUGUUAUUCAACAUAGAAUCCUUUACCUUACCUUGUUCAUUUUAUGUCUUUGGGAGAUUGUUUCAUACAGGGUGUAUAGAGUAGCCUCAUUCUUUUUAAUGGUUACACAGUAUCUCAUUGUGCGGUAUGGAUGUACCACAGUUUAGCUAUGCCUCUGUUUAAUCAGCCCUCUAUGUAUUUACCCAACCUGUAUUAGGUUGUUUCUACAUUGUUUCUCUUACAAAUAGUGCUGCCAUGUGCUCCCAUCAUUCCACCUGGCUGUUUGAGAACAUCUGGAGCAUGCAUUCCUAGAAUUGGAUUACUUGGGUAAAGCAGAGAAAUGACUUUCUAAUGGUGGAAUUCCAGUCAUCUGUGACAGGCAUAGCUGAGGUAUUUUUAUACUGGGCUUUGGGGUGUGCCAGAUCCUUCUAAGUAAUUGAUGGUCUGUGGGCCCCUCUCUGGUGUAUCCCAGGCUAGGGAAUGAUAUCUGUGGGCUUGAUAGUUUGUUACUCUCUAAAGAGAAAAAAGAAUUCACAGUGGAAGGGUAAGCUUCUUAGAGUCCAACUAGUGCUCAAUGAUUAGAUCCCUUACUUAGAGUAAGGCCUUACUGGGUAUUGAGACACUUGGGCCACGCAGGGCCACUCAGCAGUGAGUUCACUGGAAGCCCUGGUGGAAAGCCAGAGAAGUUCAGGGUUCAGUUCCCAAAGGAACAUAUGGACUCAAGAGACUCUGGUUCUGGAAUCACCUUUUGGGGGAAAAGGGGAAAGUCCUUGCUAUUCCUACUGAGGAUGUGGUUCUUAUUAACACCAGAGGAUGGAUGGAAGGAGGGAGGGAUGGAUAUAUAGACACAUAAGCAUAGAAAGGUAGAUAUCAGUCAAGCAAGCAUGAAUUUAGACUUAUUUUGGGGUUUAGGCUGUACCACUUAAUAGUUAUCAGACUUCAGGGAGCUUCUUUGAUCUCCCCAAGACCCCAUUCUUUGUCCAUAAUGGGAUUAAAAAGUGUCUUUUUUGUGGGGCAGUGGUGAAGAACGAAUGGUUGUAAACCAAAGAGGGUAAAGGGUCUGGCACAGUGCCUGGCAUGCAGUGGGUUCUCAUAUAUGGUAGGGUGGUAGCUACCAUCAUUUAUUAUAUGACUGGGCACUCUGUCAUUGGUGUAUUGACAAUUGCUAAUGAGCAUGUCCUUCGUGCUCCAUUUGGCCCCUGCCUUCAAGGGGGAUGACUCUGUAGGGUAGGGGUUCUCAGCCUUCUUUCCCUCCCAACAUGCACAGUGGGUAAUACUCAGGUGACUGGCACACUCCCAGCAUGCAUUUCACAGGGCAGGAUUUCAUGCUACACUUAUUUAAUCUCCAGGCCAACAAAGCAACAUUAUUACAGGAAUGACCUAGAUCCACUUAAACUUAUAUUAAAACAAUAAGUAAAUAAAGGAAAGGAAAGGAAAGGCAAUCACCCUCAGAUUUUGGUCUUUUGACUACAAUUUAUUUGCAAACCAGCUCCCAGCUUCCACCUGCUGUCUUAUAGAGUAAAAAUGAGGGGCGACAGCUAACAGGUACCAGUGAGGGCUCUCAUUUCGGUGGGUUUGGGGUAAGUUCUAUUCUGUCCUCUAGAUAUGAAGUGAAGGCCAUUACCAGAGGAGUCUGGCCACUGUCCCCACUUGAUUAUGGAAUGGUUCUCUCUUCGACCUUUGCUGAGUGCCUGGCUGAGGUGCUAACAUUUCUGCAGUGACCCUGGGAAAACACAGACAUCCACGACCUUAGCCGGUGCCUCAGAUGCUUGGCCAAGGGGUCAGGCCGGCCAGGUCCAGGAGGGCUCUCUCAGUCCAGCAGACAAGCUCAGGCUUGACCUCCCAAAGCAGCUGCUUUAAUACUCAGUAUCUUCAACUGGGGAAUGGAAUCCAACCUCACCUGACCCUCCCAGCACCCAACCCCCUCAGCCCAGCAGGACCAACUGUUCUCUCCUCUGUGUCCCCGAAGCACUUUGUUCUGUGGCUAUUAAAGCACUCACUGUCAGUUUAAAACACAUCUCUACCCCUUCCAGGGCAAUACUUCUUAUAUUUUGUUUGUUAAAGUUUUUAUACGAUCUCAAAUUUUUCAUUAAAAUGGCCGUGGGGUUUGCUUGGUUUUCUACCUAUGAGAUUGGAGUUGAAAACUGCAUUGGUGGUUUGGAAUCCCAUUGGGUUCUUCUCUAGGUAGAAAGGGCUGUGGAAAAUCUGGCUUGUCCAGAACCUUCCCUGGGGACACCACCCUUGAAUCCUGCUUUCAUCCAUUGUGCAGUCAGUUAGCUAGCCAUUCAACAAACACUGAACUACACUUUGUGCCAGGCACUGUGCUAGACAUGUAGUAUAUUGAGAUGAAGAAGACAUGGGCUGUGCCUUGGAGGCCAACACAAUGAGACUGUCUAGCCCUGGAUUGUUAUAAAUUGAAGUAUAGGUGACCUACAAUGUUGUAGUUGUUUCAGGUGUACAAACACAGAUUUGACAAUUCCAUACACAGCACAGUGCUCACCAAGGUAAUUGUCGUCACCAUCUGUUAACCACACAAAACUACUGCAGUAUUAUCGGCCACAUUCUCUAUGCUAGACUUUUCAUCUCUGUCAUUUCGUUCGCCUCUUCAUCUGUCGAACCCUAGAUUCCGCUGACACGUUGAAACCUCUUUCUAGAGCAUGUUAACCUUAAAGAGAAAACUGCCGGCCAUUUUACCAGCAAAAACGGGUUUAUUUGGAAAUAGCAGAGAAUUGCAAUCCCAGGACGUGCAAGCUGUGCCAAAACUACAGGCAAGGCCAGAGGCAAGUCCGGGGAGCAAAGGGAAGGUAGGUAGCUCCUUUCCAGAGGGAAGGGGGAAGAUGGGAGAGCUGUUAUAAUCCGGAAGUCCAUUGGAGUAAACUGGGAGUUCGAAGGGUAGCGCCUCCUGAUUGGCUGAGCUGUGACUGUCAUUGGCGGGGCUGUUGCCAGGAGAGGAGGAGACCUUUCCUUCUCCUGCUGGGGCAGUAAACUAGUAGCUAAAGUAGUAUUGGACUUGGUAAGGUGUAGGUCUUCCUGUUGGGGCUGUGAGAGCGCCCCCUGCUGGCCUCCCUCCUCCGUUUUAAACUCAACCAUAACCUGAACUAAACUGGUUUCCUUUCAUUAGUUUUCACAAGAAGUCAACAUACAGGAUUCCUUUCUGAAUGCAAUUUCCUGAAGCUUUGACACCAUCUCUGUAUUUAAAAAUAUGCAGUAUUUUUUUUUUCAUCCACCAAAAAUCUCUGUAAGGCACUGUACCUGGAGUAGCAGGGUGGGGUGGUGGAGCAUGGAAUAUAAAGAAGAAAACAUAAAAUCUGUUCCUUCUAGGCACCUAAAUCUAAAUAACAGAAGUCACACAUAGAAAAUCUGGCCUAUUCUUUCAUUUGUGAUUGCACGUGGCAUGCAGUCGCUUGUUCAUCUGAGCAUAAGUAUUUUUGGUGUGUGCUAUGUGCUUUGGCUGUCGUAACACCGCGGGAGGCCCAAGAUGUGAACCUGCUCUCUGGGUACUUGGGGUCUCCCCGGGAAAGAGGAAGGGGGUUCAGAGUCCAGUAAAACAUCAGGCCGAAGUCAGUGGCUCAAAGAAUGCUCUGGGAGCAAGGAGACCCGGCAACCAGUCGGCGUGAGCCUACUGGGUGCUUCAUAGAGGCGGAGGAUUGGAACCUGUACUGAGGAAUGGAAAGGUCUUCAGGAGGGAGGGAGGGAGGACAUCCUGGGCCAGGGGAAGGUCAUGAACAAAGGUCUGGAAGUGUUAGGAGUUUUUCACUAGAAACUGAGACAUGAAGGGGAUGGGAAUAGGGUGGGGAGAAUUUGCUCCAAACAGUGCCCACUCGGGCCAGGACCAGGUAGGGCCGGGGGUGGGGGGUGGUGAUGGAUACCUGACGUCGAAUCUGCCCCCUGCAAGGAAGCUGAGCUUCUCAUUUGUUCCUCUUCCCUCCUUCACCCAGACUCUGGCCCGUUCAAAGACGGCAUGAUAACCUUCACACUUCCCUCUGCCAUAAGGAGCUUGAUCCUACAGAACAUCAGAAAUAUGUCCAGCGUGGCUGGGGGGCUCCAACCAGCCAGCAUGGUGGUCCUGCACAGGUCCCUGGCUCCAGCCUUUGAAAAGUUCUGCCAAGCCAACAAUGGCCCUCUGCCCCUACUGGGCCUUACUGAGCCAGGCAAGUGGACGUUGCCUACCCCGAACGCUGUUCUGGACACCAGGACAGGGUGUCCCUAGUUCCAGAAGUACGAGUUUGGUGCCCACAGAGGCAGCCUGACCUCAUUGGAGGAAUACUCAGAGCAGCUGAGGGACAUGGUGACCUUCCUCCCGGACUGCAGCUCCUCCCUGGAAGCAGCCUUGGAGAAGGUGGGGCUCCCCAGAAGAGACUCUGUAGGGCAUGGUCAUGUGGGUGCGUACGAGAUGACAGCGCCUUGUGCCACCAUUGCUGGCUUUUGCUGCCACCUGGUGGUCAUAAUGAGGCCCAUCCCCAAGAACAAGCUGGAAGGGCUGGUGUGGGCCAGUUGCUCCCCAGGGAAUAAGGGACAUCCCAUUCAUAUCGGCGACCCGGAAUGGUUGGGAAUCAAAGAUCUUUCUAGACCUGACUAUGGGGAGCCUGUGGUGUGUCAGCCGGGGGACGUCCCAGUGUUCUGACCUUCUCCAAUGACCAGCCUCGAAGCUGUCAGCAGCUGCAAGACCCCGCUGGCUUUCACCAGUGCACUGGGUUGCACAGUCAUGACCAACCUGAAGAAUACAGAGGCUCCACCCAGUUGUCUUACCCCUGAGGGAAUUCCUGAGGUCCAUCCCAUUUCCCAAGAUCCUUUGCACUACAGCAUCGCAUCGGCUUCAGCUGUUCAGAAGAUUAGAGAACUAGAGACUAUAAUUGCCAUAGACCCAGGCCGCUGGAGGAUUGGACACCUGCUCUGUAAAGGUGAGCUGCUGAGGGCCUCCCUGUCACUGUCCCACGCCCGCUCGGUGCUCGUCACCACUGGCUUCCCCACUCACUUCAACCAUGAGCCCCCAGAAGAGACAGACGGCCCAUCAGGAGCCAUUGCUCUGGCUGCCUGCCUACAGGCCUUGGAGAAGGAGGUCUCUGUGAUCGUUGACCUGAGAGCUUCGGGUUUGUUCAAGAAUCUUGUUGAAGAUGCCGUUGAGCAAGGGGUCCUGAAGACACAGAUCCCCAUAUUAACUCUCCAAGGUGAAUCAGCGGGAGCUGUUCAGGCAUUUCUCUGCAAAGAUGGGGACCCCAAGUCACCCAGAUUCGACCAUCUGGUGGCAAUUGAGCGCACAGGAAGGGCCGCCAAUGGUAAUUGCUAUAAUGCGAGGAAGAUGAGCAUCAGGCACUGGGUUGACCCCACUGAUGAUCUUUUCCUGGCAGCACAGAAGAUUCCUGGAAUCUCAGCUACUGGGGUCGGUGAUGGCAAUCAGCUUGGGAAGGGCAAAGUCAAGGAGGCUGUGAAAAGACACAUACGAAAUGGGGAUGUGAUUGCCUGUGAUGUGGAGGCUGACUUUGCUGUCAUCACUGGUGCUUCUAACUGGGGAGGCUGUGCCUUGGCCUGUGUGCUGUACAUCCUCAACUCAUGUGAGGUCCACAGACAUUACCUAAGGGAGGCAGUUGGACCCUCCAGAGCACCUGGGGAGCAGGACUGGGCUCAGGCCCUUCCAUCCGUUGCUAAGGAAGAAAAAGCGUUGGGCAUCCUGGUGCGGCACCAAGUCCAGAGUGGAGUCUCGGGCGAGGUGGGCCCGGAGGUAGAUGGGCUGCCCUUCCACGGCACCCACGCCCAGAUGAUCCAGAAGCUGGUGGAUGUCACUGCAAUGGGUGUGUGACUGUGCAUGGAGAGUGCGUACCAGAUGGCCGCGCCCGGAACUAGGAGGGGGUUCCCUGAGGGCCCCGAGCUCCUUUCCACACGGUCCUGGGUGAGCAGCGCCUGUGACGGGACAGCGCAGACGUUGGGGACUGAGGAGGAUGUUUCCUCAGGGCUUCCAGUCCUUUGCUUUUCUUCCUAAGCGCUAAGAGGGAUUGAUUUCAACCCUCCUCCUCAGGCUUCUUCAGAGCACCCACGUGGUCUGCUCUGAGAGUUUUCCGAGGCACCACUUAUGGGGACAAGAGUAGGCAUGACUAGAGCCAUGAAUAAUCCCAAGGCUAAUUAAGAAAUAGUAAAAAAACACACACACACACAAAACGGAGGGGCACCUGGGUGAGGAGGGGGCACCUGGGUGACUUAGUUAAAUG